AUGCAUAAAUACGACAUUCUAGCCAGUGAAUUACAAUUAAUUCACAAGGCUAAGGUAAAGAUUGUACCGAUUGUCCUCACGUGGGAUGGGAUAGUCUCUACAUUCUUCAGAAAAUAUAUGGACCUUCUUAAAAUCAAAGAAAGUGUGCAGGCAUACAUCCAGACUGUUGGUUUGAAAAAAACAAUGGAAAGCAUGAUAGUAGAACACAAAUUUGGCUUCGAAAAUAUGUCUACCUCAGGUAACUCAUUUGACGAAGGACGGAAAUCGGUGAAGAGACGGCGAGAUUCUGUAGUUUCCGCCGAUGAAGGAAACAACUCCGAAGUGGGAACAGAUAGCGGGAAGAGGAUUCCGAGAGUAAACUUGGCGGAGCAACAAACUAAAUGGAAAAGGAAAGUUAAUUAG